CUGCUGACUAAUGCGGGGAUGCUCCGAAAACGGAACGUUUUGCCGCUUUUCGCCGCCUUUUGCCAUCUAUCGAUAAGAAAAUUGCGUGAUCCACGCUAACCGCUUUGGGCCGGAGUAUGGAGUUUUUCUAUACGGCCGAAAACCACCAGGGCGUUUGGAUUAAUAUUCCCUUGCCCCCGCUCAAUUUCCUUUAUAUUCUUCUCCAUACCCCUCUCCUUCUUGUCUUCUUCACAUAGAUAUCGGUGUUGUGUGUCCGGUAUCCAGACAAGACAUCUUCAUCAUGGGCUCUUCUUCCCCAGCCCUGUCGGCUCUUAGUGGCCCUACUUAUGUGACCGCCCAGACGCUGAUCCAGCAAGUCGCCUAUGUCUUGAGUGACAAGGUCUUCUCCUACUCCCCAGAGUCCUUCGAUCUUGAUGCUGCUCUCAAGCAAUGGGCAUCCAGCCAGGAGGUCAAUGCUAAUGGCGAAUCUCCCGCCGUCAAGGCCAUGGAGACUCGCCAGGGUGCUGGAAACAUUGCCCUCGGUUACCUCUUCUCUCAAGACUUCGACUUGAAGAAGCGCCAUGUGCCCCAGGGUGUUGUCGCUUCGUCCGCCACCCUCCCUUUCAUGCGAUCCGCUUUGGAGCAGCUCUCCCUGCUGUACUCCGUUGCCAGCCCUCUCGCCGCGCAUGUCGCAGCUGUUGACUAUGCUGGUGAGGAGGGAUUGGUUUCCGACUAUGCCUCCGCCCUCUCCCUCGCCGAAGAGCUGGGCCUUGGUUUGGUCUCCAGUGCCUCUGUCCACGAAUCCCAGCACAUGGCACUCCUCACCACUCUGCUCUCCUCGGUUCUGCCAUCCAUUCACAUCUAUGACGGUGUUCGCGUCGGCCGUGAGACCACCCGAGUCAUUGACGUUCUCGACAAGGCUGGUCUCUCGCGCACUUAUGAGACUAUCCGAAAGACAUUGGAGGACUCUCGCAGCCGUCACCUCGAUGCUCAAGGCAAGCUGCUCGACCUGCUCCAGUCUCUGAACGGCGAGCUCGGUACAGACUAUGGUCUGUUUGAAUACCACGGCCAUGCGGAGCCUGAAUCUGUCCUCGUUGCAUUCGGUACCGUUGAGGCGUCCCUCACUGCUCAGGUUGCCCGCUCCCUGGCUAAGGAUGGUGCUCGCGUUGGUGUUAUCAACGUUCGUGUGUACCGCCCCUUCGUCGAGGAGGAGUUCUUGCGAGUUCUUCCCCAAUCCACCAAGACCGUCGGUGUUCUCGGCCAGGUCGUCAAUGACCAGGCUGUUAAGGAGCAAGGCAUCCGCUCUGCUCUCUACGAGGAUGUUCUGGCGGCAUUGACCUUUGCCACCGGUCGUGAGCAGACCCCCUCUUGCGUCGACAUCAAAUAUGCUCGUUCCCAGCGCUGGGAUCUGGUGAACACUGCUGCAGCAUUCCAGCUCAUCUCCGAGAAGCCGAUUAUCCAGACCGAGGCUGAAGGCCAGGCCACCCCCUUGCAGUUGCUCGACCCUGCCACUGUUCAGGAAUACACUUUCUGGGAUGUUGACACCUCUGACUGCAACAACGCUGCCACCGUUCUUUCUCAGGCCCUUGCCGCUGAUUCCGCCAGCAAUGUCACCACUAGCACUGUUCACGACAACCUUGUCCAGGGUGGAGCUGUUCGUGUCGAUAUCCGCAAGAGCUCUAAGAUCUUGGACGCUCCCUACGCAGUGAGCUCCGCCGAUGUUGCCUACGUCGGACAGAUCAAGCUCCUGGGCGAUGUCGAUGUUCUCGCUUCCGUCAAGGACAACGGCAAGGUCAUUGUCAACGCACCUGGUGUUAAGGAUGACGAGCUUGAGAAGAAGUUGCCUGCCGCUUUCAGACAGGCAGUUGCCGAACGUGGAAUCUCUCUCUUCAUUGUCGACCCAUCGGCUGUUGACGAUUCCUCCCUCGAGUCUCUCAUCUUGCAGGCUGCUUUCUUGCGCGUUGCCCUUCCAUCUCAGGAGGGUCUCGCCACCAAGAAGCUGUCUUCCAUCAUUGGCAACGCCGAGGCUCUGGAAAAUGUUACCAAGGACCUCGAGAAGGUGCUGCGCCAGCUCGAGAUCCCAGAGGGAUGGAAGACGCCCGAAGAGGCCGUCGAGGCUUCUGAGCUUCCCAAGGACAUUUUCCCCAACAGCUUCGUUUCCUUCGACAAGGCCGAGGAUGAGCCUGCUUCCGUUCUCAAGGACUGGCAGGUUGCCGCAAAGGGUCUGGCUUUCAAGGAAGCCUACGGUACCCAGGCUUCCCUUCGCCCUGAGACGGCUACCAAGACCUUCACCGUCCACGUCCAGGAGAACAGACGUCUUACCCCCGUUACCUAUGACCGAAACAUCUUCCACAUCGAGUUCGAUUUGGGCAACUCUGGUCUCAAGUACGACAUUGGUGAAGCACUGGGUGUCCACGCUGAGAACGAUGCCAAUGAUGUCUCGGAAUUCAUUACAUUCUAUGGUUUGAACCCUGACGACAUUGUUGAGGUGCCCAGUCGCGAGGAUGCCUCCGUGUUUGAAAACCGCACCGUGUACCAGGCCCUCGUGCAGAACGUCGACAUCUUCGGCCGUCCUCCCAAGCGUUUCUAUGAAGCUCUUGCCGAGUUUGCCAGCGACGAGAAUGAGAAGAAGGAGCUUCUUACCUUGGGUGGUCCUGAGGGUGCCGUGGAAUUCAAGCGUCGUGCUGAGGUUGACAAUGUCACCUUUGCUGACGUCUUGCUUGACUUCCCAUCUGCCCACCCUGACUUCCACGACUUGAUCCGCAUCGUCGGCCCAUCGAAGCGCCGCGAGUACUCGAUCGCCUCUUGCCAGAAGGUGACCCCGACAUCCGUUGCUCUCAUGAUCGUUGCCGUCACCUGGACCGACCCCAAGGGCCGCGACCGUUUCGGACAGGCCACCCGCUACCUCAGCCGUCUCCGACCUGGCGCUCCUGUCACCGUCAGUGUCAAGUCCAGUGUGAUGAAGCUGCCCCCCAAGUCCACCCAGCCCCUCAUCAUGGCUGGUCUGGGAACUGGUCUCGCUCCGUUCCGUGCCUUCGUCCAGCACCGUGCUCUCGAGAAGGCCCAAGGAAAGGAAAUCGGUUCCGUUCUCCUGUACAUGGGUUCUCGUCACCAGCGCGAGGAAUACUGCUACGGAGAGGAAUGGGAGGCCUACCAAGCCGCUGGCGUUGUCACCCUCCUGGGUGCCGCCUUCUCUCGUGACCAGCCUCAGAAGAUCUAUAUCCAGGAUCGUAUGCGCGAGUCUCUGCCCGAGAUCAUGCAGGCGUACAUCCGCGAAGAGGGUGCUUUCUACCUCUGCGGUCCUACCUGGCCCGUUCCCGACGUCACUGCUGUGCUGGAGGAGGCCAUCGCCACUGACGCCAAGCUCAAGGGCAAGAAGGUCGAAGCCCGCAAGGAGAUUGAGAAGUUGAAGGAUGAGGAGAGAUACGUCUUGGAAGUCUACUAGACGUUGGCAAUGAGGGGUGUGGUGGAUUUUGAGUACAGAUCUGCAGAUCCCGCAAUCUGUGCAUGAUUGACGAUAUGAAUUUCCCGGUUGGGUUUAGCGCUAUUUGGCAUGACUUGAACACGAUAGACCUUGUUUCUUUUUUUGUGAUCUAAAAAA